AUGAAGCCGAGAUUUCUUAUUACGAAAACCACUAGCAUCUUCCAAAAUCUCGCUUUUGAAGAGCAUCUUCUAGAGAACGUGAAAUCACCUAUUCUAUGCAUGUAUCAGAAUGAUAAAACAAUCGUGAUAGGGAGAAACCAAAACCCAUGGAAAGAAAUUCACAUCGAUAGGAUGAACGAAGACAAUGUGCAGCUUUGCAGAAGAAAAAGUGGAGGAGGAGCUGUAUAUCAAGAUCUUGGCAAUACCUGCUUUUCUUUUAUUACACCUGAUAAAUCUAAUGUGGAUUUCAAAGUGAAGAAUAACUCAAUUAUUUUGAGAGCUUUGAGUGCUUUAGGAAUUGAUGCUGUUGUUAGUGGGAGAAAUGAUAUAUUACUGGACUCGAAGAAAAUAUCAGGCUCAGCAUAUAAAAUACACACAAUAGGCUCACAAACGAUUUCACUUCAUCAUGGAACUAUGAUGAUUAAUGUCGAAAAAGAUGCGAUCUUGAGAUAUCUAAAUCCUAAUAAAGCAAAGCUUCUAACUCCCUUAUACUUGAUCGAACAGAUCAAUAUCGUUCAUCAAGAUGGGCCAAAAUAUUUUUGAAAGAUGUGAAUAUAAUUUUUUUUUAUUCACUGAACAUUUUUAUAUUAAAUAUUUUUCUUAUCAAAUAUUUCAUAGAGAUUGAGUAUGGAAUUUAUUAUCAAAUAUGCGAUGGAUCUCAUUAUAAUUGUUUAGGGCGAUUAUAUGGCAUAAUCUCUAAGAUUUAUUAUCAUAAUAUAUAGGCAGUAGAUUUGAGCGGGCAGUCUUGCUUAACUAUAUGAAAGAGUGUCCAAUGAGGAUGGGGCUAAUUUUCCCAAUUUUAAAUAAUUUUCAACAAUGUUGUCUGCUAAUAAUGAGGCAAGUAAGCAAAGGAAUAAACUCUGUUUCAUCAAGAGUAAUGAACUUAGCUGAAGUCGACCCAACUAUCAAUCACGAAAGGUUUAUAACUGCGAUUAGAAAAAGCUUCCUUAAGGAGUAUCCAAAUGCAGAAAAUACAGAAGUAACUGAAAUGCCUGAAGAUGUAGAAGCCAAAGCUCAAGCUUAUUUAAAUUGGGACUGGAGAUAUGGAGUCAGCCCAGUGUUCACCCACCAGCUUGAGAACUAUUUUUCCUGGGGUUUAAUUGACCUUCAGUUCAACGUCGUUAAAGGAGUUGUGGAAGGCUGCAAAAUAUUUUCAGACUGUUUAUAUCCAGACUAUAUAGACAAGCUUGAAACAAUGUUUAUAGGAAAAAGAUAUGGCAUUGAGAUGUUAGAAGACCUCCAAAAAGAUACAUCAAAUUUCCAAAAAAUGUCAGAAGAAUUAGCAGCAUGGCUAAAAGAGAAAUUAUAA